CUUUAACCUUAUUGCUCUUGAUGAUAUGCGACGAUCCUGUCGUAUGUUGUUCAACACUGAUAAGACACUUUAGAGGUUAAACUAAAUAUAGUUGGGGUCAUAACUGUCUGCGGUUCAGGAACACGAUAAUUAUGGCGGCUGGUGCCUUCAUUAUCACCUUUUUGAGUCUGGUGUUGUCUGAUGCGGCACCUAUUGAUACACAGUUGCAGAACCUACAUCAUCAGGUUAAGUCGCUGAACAAUGUCCUGGAUGACGUCAUCAGAGAAUUCGUUGAUCUCAGGCAAAAACACGAAGACUUGGAACAUAAGUUCCAUGAUGUGUCGGUCGAGCUAAACCACGUAAGGAGGAAACAAGACAGAAGGGGUCGUCGAAAGAAUAGAAAUCUGGGAGGACUAUCGGAGGAAAGGUCUGCUUUCUCCCAACGGAGCGGAACAGUCUUCAAGCCAACCUUUUCCCUGCUGAACAAUUGGAAAGGACAUGGUCCACAAUCAGGAAAUGUUGGACUGAAGGGGGAAAAGGGAGACCCUGGCCUCACGGGACCUAAAGGGGACGCUGGCAUCGCCGGACCUAAAGGAGCAUCUGGCCUCACUGGACCUAAAGGGGAUGAUGGUAUAGUUGGACCUAAAGGAGCAUCUGGCCUCACUGGACCUAAAGGGGAUGAUGGUAUAGUUGGACCUAAAGGAGCAUCUGGCCUCACUGGACCUAAAGGGGCUGAUGGUAUAGUUGGACCUAAAGGAGACACAGGUCCUAUUGGACCGAGAGGAGUUGCUGGCCUCAAUGGAUCUAAAGGAGCCACUGGUUCCAUGGGACCAAAAGGAGACACUGGCUCCACAGGCCCUCAAGGCUACAUUGGCUUAACGGGGCCUAAAGGGAACACUGGUAAUCCUGGUACACAGGGCACGUCUGGAAGUAAGGGACAGAGAGGGAAUGUUGGCUUGAAAGGAGAACCCGGAGUUAAUGCCGUGCAACACAAAAUUGCAUUCCACGCAAAACUGGGUUCUAACAUGGGAGGACUAUCCGAUAAUCAACAUAUUAAUAUGCAAGAUGACGUAUUCACUGUAGGAGCAGGGUAUGACAGGCAUACCGGAGUAUUCGUCUCCCCAAUAGAUGGAGUAUACCUCUUUUCCAUCACAGUCCUUGUCCUAGAACGUGAUCAGGUCGAAGUAGCGAUUAUGAAGAAUGGUGAUACAAUCGUUGACGUUUACACAGGGGCUGAGGAUGAACUUCAAUCUGGAUCCAACAUGGCCCUCGUUCACCUGCAAGCAAAUGAUAGAGUCUGGGUCCAAGUGGAUAAAAGUUAUCAUGCUCCGAACUCUGUGAUUGAUAAUCAUUUUACAACAUUCACCGGACUACUCUUGUAUACAUAAAAAUAAAUAACGUGUGAACACACAA